ACAUGAAAACUCUGAGUGUGGAGAGCUACUGUAUCUGAGCUGAGCAUGAUGAUGCCGAGUGCCCCGUCUGUGCUGCUGCUGCUGCUGCUGGCCUGCUCUCUGUGUGGAGCAGAGAGUCCAGUCAAGGACCCAGAGACCAGCGAUGGGGACGAGCCGAGCCAGAGGGACAGACGAGAGGUGGCCGACAUCAACUGCUGGAAAGUGGCGCUGGAGCUGCAGGAGCUGCGGGACGCUGUGUCCACCCUCAAGGGCCAGCUGGAGGAGCAGAGGACAGAGCAAGUAGCGUUUGGGGCAUCACUAGGAUUUAAUGGGAAUCUGGGUCCAUUCAACACUGAAAUUACUCUGGUUUACAAGAACGUCUUCGCCAAUGCUGGAAAUGCAUACAAUCCAGCAACCGGUAUCUUCACUGCACCAGUGAAAGGAGUCUACUACUUCAGCUUUUCUGGUACUAAUCAUAACUCCAGGCCCAUGGGUCUCAGAUUGUACAAGAACGGCCAGUCGAUGGUUGUUGUGUACAAUCAUCCUUUCAAUCAUCACCGCUAUGAGACGGCAACCAAUGGGAUGACCCUAGAGUUGGAGAAGGGGGAUCAGGUGUACAUGCGUCUCUAUGUCAACACCUGGAUUGCUGAUAGUGAAAAUGAUCACAGCACUUUCAUCGGCCAUUUGCUGUUUACAGUGUAGUGACGUGUGAUGUUCUCUAUUCUGUUGAUGUUUUCUGGUCCGCUUCUGAUUCAGUUGGUCUUAUUGAAUCAAUCAAUCAAUCAAUCAAUAAAUGAAUAUCAAGAGGAAUAUAUAUAUUUUUCUUGGGCAUGUUAAAAAAAGGUUAUUACAUAUUCUAUCUAAAAAAUUAAUACAUAUUCUAUCUACAGUAAUCUGUUGAUUAAAAACUACAUAUAGCAUCUUUCUGACAUCGUUAUUGAAAGUAACCAAACAUUCAUUUACCAAUAAAUUGCAUCUUUUC